AUGGAACAUGCAGAUUUGGUGGCAGAGAUGGCGCAGGUGGAGCACCUCACAACUCAAGAGAGACUUCAUCUGGCAAGAAGGCGACGUAUGCAGCAGCUGAAACUAUGGCAACAGAGAGAAAAGGAGUGGGCGCGGUCGCGGCCAAAACGAGAUAAGAGCAACAAGCGGAAUAUAUUCUUCAACGAUAGCGUCAUGCUACUGGAAGCCGCGGCCAGAAAUGACAUAGAGGAAGUGCGAAGAUUGCUCGCGAGAGGAGUGACUCCUGAUGCGACUAACGAAGAUGGUCUUACUGCUUUGCAUCAAUGCUGCAUAGAUAACAAUGAAGCAAUGAUGCGCCUACUUCUAGACCAUGGAGCGAACGUUAACGCCGAAGAUAGCGAAAAGUGGACACCACUUCACGCGGCUGCGACGUGUGGAAACUUGAACUUAGUCAGGAUACUAAUACAGAGGGGAGCGAAUUUACUGGCCGUUAAUGGGGACGGGAACAUGCCAUAUGAUAUUUGUGAAGAAGAGAGGACCUUAGAUGCGAUCGAAAGCGAAAUGGCGGCUAGGGGCGUAACGCAGAGGUUGAUUGACGAAACGAGAGCGGCGACUGAGAUGAGGAUGCUGAUGGACGUCGCGGAGCUAGUCAAGAACGGGAUGGAUUUGGACGAGCCUAGGGACAGUCAAGGUGCUACUUUGCUGCACAUAGCAUCUGCGAACGGCUACAUAAAGGUGGUGGAAUUCCUGCUGGAGCACCGGGCGUCCACCGACGUCGUCGAUCACGACAUGUGGCAGCCCGUGCACGCGGCCGCCUGUUGGGGUCAUUUAGAAGUAUUAGAGCUGUUGGUGCAGUACGGAGCUGAUCUCAACGUGAGGAAUAAGCACGACGAGACACCUGCUGAUAUAUGCGAGGAGGGCGAGAUGCGGGGGCGUAUCUCGCGGCUGGCGGCCGAGCAGGAGGAGAGCCGGCGGCGCGCCGCGCUGUCCGCCGGCGAGCGCCUGCGUACCGCGCGCCGCUCCUCCUCCACCGCCAGCACCACCAGAGUGCGAUCAGUUCGUCGAACCUCAUUGCGAGAGAAGCAGAUGGCGGCUAAGGCGGAUGCUAGGGGCGAAGCGAGACUCAGAGAAACGUUCGACUCUGCUGUGGAUGAUGAGUUACAGGGUUUAUCUAACGGUGUAGAAAACGAUCAGAACACAGCAAACAAACUGCAACCGAGCGAUUUAAUGCACAACCGCCUAUCGAUCAGCUCCACUACAUCCAAUCAUAGCUAUGAUUCGGAAAACGUCGACUACGCCUUUCCCAAACACACCUACAACCAGCGUAUACCUUAUAAACCGAACGAAGAAACAAACGAAAAGUCAGUCAAUCAACCAAAAGUAUCAAAUCCAUUGUUUGGUGUAAACGCCGCCUCACACUACGCCCCUAGCCCCGUUACGCAGGAUACGACCGAAAAAUCAAGACCAAAUUUACCCAAUGGCGUCCGAAAAGCCCCCGAGGGGCAGGACAAUGAAGCUUUCAAAACUGAAGACGCGAUUGACGGUAUGAAAGAGGUGAUUGUGAGCCCGAGCCAGAUCGCGCUAACAGAUGGCAGCUCUGCGACCUACACCACAGACAAUAAUGGUAAAAUCAAUGUUCAUGUCACCGUCAUGAUUAACGCAGGCACACUAGCAGAUUUGAAGAAGCAGCGUUCGCAAAUAAGAACAAACGGCAGCCCGGUGGAAAAUAGUUUGAACUCUACAAACAACCACAGUCUGAACUCGUUACCAGAGGGGGUAACAAAGCAAGAACCCUCAGCGCAGAAGAAUCAAGCGGUCCAGUCAUCAAAUUCAACCGUUACCAGAUUUUCAGGACACACAAGUGAAAUUGUUGGUGACACAAAGUCGCAUAGGUGCUGUAUUAUAAUGUAG